UCACGGCCACGGAGUUACUAUCAAUUACCAUGUCUCACGAUCGAUUUACGAUCACUUUGGCACUGCUGAAACGUCUGGUCGUCAUUCAGGGUGUGAAACUCACUCAUAUGGUACAAAAAAGGUCGAUCUCAUUGUUAUGAUUCUCCCAAUCCCCACUGGGUCUCUUGGCUGAAAUGACUCCCCUUCACACUCGCUUCAAUGUUUUAUUUCGCAAUCAUAUAUACCAUCCACGUUCGUUAACCGGCGAUGAGCCUCAGCACCCUUCGUUGAAAACUAUACCCUAGGAUGGUCCUGUCUCGUUGGACCGGACACGAGAUACCAAUGUGGACGGGCGUGGUCUACAGCUGUCAGACAAGCCCAAGAUGAACUGCGUAGGCUGCACUUUGUCCGACAGCGAUCAUUUGUCAAAUGAGCAGGCUAGCCCAAUCACAGCCGCAUCAUUUGUUGAACGCAGAAUGUCGGAACCAAGUGAAGCUGGGAACUUGGCAGUUGGAGCACCGCGACUUUCAGCGGAGGCUCACAUUUCCCAACGCCAGGCGGACACCUCGUACACCCAGUCUUGCAUUAUAUUCGAUUCUUUCUGUGAGCUAGACGUUCCCGAAUAUUCUAGUACUGGUGUUUUAUCUCCCCUCACUACCAUUUCUUCCACACAUCCCCAAUCGAUUCCCGCUAUAACUACUUCUACAUCAUCAGCCUACAGUACCCACCAGUCGUCAAAGUCAUAUGGCACCUCAGUAGAUAAUACCUCUAGCGGUUCAGCAAUUUCCCAUACACCCUCAGGCUCUUCUAGUAUUUACAGCCCAUCCCAGUCGACAAAUCCAUACACUGGCACCCCCACAUUAUCGUCGCCGAGUGGGGACCCUUCUAGUGGUGACAAUACCGCUGUCAGUAUUACUUACUACACCACAGUCGCCUCAACUUACCAAACAACCGGAGCCACCAUCACAUUGCUUCGGCCUCUCUCAUCCACAGUUACAUCGACAAGAAUUGAGAUGGUCUCGAGCUCGUUGCCCCAACCAUCAUCAGUGCCUCAAACCACUUCAAACACUCAAUUAUCUCUGACCAUAGGCGCCAUCAUAGGAGGCACUGUGGGAGUGGUAGUACUUCUAUCCCUCCUAAUUUUUAUCUUGCUGCGCCGUCGCAGGAUAAAACAACUUUCUAUAACACCUUUCAACCUCCUCUCAACUGUAGGGCCAACGCAGGUUAAGUCACGGGCGUGGCUCAAGUUCCAGAGUGCCAGCGGUGCUGUCCGUCCGAACAGCGGAGGCUCAUCGUUCAUUCAAUAUUCCGAUUCUGGGAAUAGAUCAUCAUCAUGUGCUACAGAUCACAUAUCAUCUCACUUGGCCGAUGAGGAGAUCUUUGCGUCUAGUGUUGCUAGGCUCUACAGGUCCCAUGGGCUAGAGAAGCUGUACCCGUAUCAGUCUCAUAUCCCCACCUCGGAUCAUCACGAUGCAGGGGUUGAACACAUUGUUACGGAUGGUUAUUCGCAACGACCGAGUGAAGAGCCGCCGGCUUAUCCUCGUUCGGUGGAUUCUUUGAGGAGUAGAAGAGCAGACCUUGAUGAUCCUCAUGUCCUUUCCAGCUCUUGAACUUCCCUCCGAUAGAUAAUCCCUUGAUAACCAGGACCAUGAAUGAUGUAAAGUACUGUGUAUUUUUGUGGAGGUUUAACUAGUGAUGCGCACUUACCCCGAAACCGUUGUCUGUGUUGCCACGCAAUUGGCAUUGCCUUUGAGCUAUGUCGUUUGGCCAAUGAGGCCGUUGCGUGAGAAGGCUGCACUUACUUGAUUUAACUUAAAGCGCAGGGAAGUUGGGGAGCCGGUUCAUCGAGACCUGAAUUUUGGAGCCUCA